AUGGAAAGCACAAAACAACAAAAUGGCAUCGAAAAAUCAUUUCCCUUCUUCCACCUGCCUCCCGAACUCCGCUCCAUAAUCUACACUUUCCUCUCCUCUCACGAUUCCUACUACCCGGAAGUCUUUGAUUUUCGAUGUCCACUACUGCCAUACUGCUUCGUCUCCUCGAGAUUUCGUUACGAAUUCCUGAAAGUCUACCAUGCCUCUCGAUACUUCACGAUCUGGAACAUCACACGACCGAUGGAGAAAUCGUUCGAGAAAUGCUGGACAGAUGUCUUCAUGAGAACGAGGUUGGCAUCCCAGAAGAAGUUUAGGUUCUGGACUGUCAAGGGUAUACCAUUGGAGAUUGAGUUGGGGAGGAAUGGAAUGGUGGUUGCCAGGACGCCUUAUGAGAAGCUAGACGAGAGGGUUGUAGAGGAUGUGAGAGGCAUGAUUGAAGUCGUUGCAGAGAUCAAUGAGGAUGGAGAGACGAGAAUGGACGGGAAGGGAUUUCGUCUGGUGAUGAACGGGUUGAGAGAGAGAGGGUUGUUGCAUCUAAUUAGUACCGCACCUACUCAAUUUAAGGGAAGAGCGUACGAGGACUAG